AUGGCACUGGUCAGCAAUCCGAAAAAAGAGGUGGACUGUUUGCGUGCCCAAAAAUGUGAAGCCGUAGGAAAUAUAGCAUGCAAAAGUAAUGAAUCAUUCAAUCAAGAAAAUGUAAUGAAGCAAGAAUUGGAUUCCCUACGCAGCCAGAAAACUGAAUUAGAAAUUCUGCUAGAGAGGAAAUCCAAAGCAAUCUCCCAGUAUCUGAUUCAAGUGAAAACCCUGAAAGAGGAAUUAGCAAGAAAGAGUGCUGUUGAGCAGAUAAUGGUAGAAGAAAAAGAAAGCUUACAGGUGCAGGUGAUGGACUUGGAAUCAGAGGUGGAUGCUCUAUGCAAACAGAAAAAUAAAUUAGAAGAUGAACUGAGGAGUAAUAUUCGUGAAAUCAAUCAAUUGAGAGAGGAAAAGGGUCAACUGAAUGCAAGAAUUUUAGAAUUGGAAGCAGUAUUUCGAGAGAGACACUUCGAGCUUUCUGCUCCUCAGGAGGACAGCAAAAGUAAAAGGGUUAAAGAAACUGCUCAGAUGAAUGCGGAGGUUGAACUUCAGCAACAGAAGUUGAAUUCCAUGAAGAUGGAGAAAAGCCAAUUGGAGUUAUGGAUUUCUGAUCAGCAGAGAAUGACGAAAGAAAGAGAGGAAAGCACUAACAAAUCUAUGGAGUCUAACUCUAAGCAGGUCAGACGAUUGUCGUUAGGAAACAAGUUUAAUUACCAUGUCCUAGAAAGAAAGAUGGAGGAUUUAGCACAAGAGUUUCGCAAGAAAGUUGAAGAUAACAUCCGUCUUUUGUACCAGAGGAUCACGGUUGCUGACAAAAGACAUUAUGAGAACAAAGAGAUUUACAAGAUAACAAAAGAAAGGCUAGAGCAAGAAAAUGAAGCACUUGAACUAAAGCUCGCCACUUGUGAAGCUGAGUUCAAGAAGUUAAGGGAUAAAAUAGAGGCAGGAAAAGAUGCAUCGACUGCAUUAAAUUCAGUGGUGAAUAAGUUAGAAGUUGAUGGAAAUUCCUCGACCUGCAUUUCAAAAGUCGCAGAUGAGCUUGUUUCUGCAAACGACUGUGACUCAACAGGGAGGGAAAAUGGAAUAGAAGAGGUGAAGAAUAAUGUGGAUUCAUUGGUAGCAGAAAUGGAUAAGGAAAACGAGGAGGAGUUACUAAGGGAGAAGGUGUUGAAUUUGGAAGCUAAGUUGAGUGAGGAAGGAGAAGCAAAGUUGAAGCUGUUGAAAGCCGUGAGUGAGCUUGGGAAUAGAGUGGGAGAAUUGGAGGAAAUCACGACAGAAAAGGAUGAGACAUUGUUGGGUCGUGAAGAAGAGAAGAGGGAAGCCAUAAGGCAGCUCUGCCUCUUGAUUGACUACCACCGCUGCCGCUCUGACUAUCUCAUGGAAUUGAUCUCAAAGUUCACUGUUAGAAUCGAGAAAAAGUCAUGA